AUGGACAGCUCUCCCGCCUCGCCUUUGGCCCCCAGGGAUCCCAGCUCCCCUGAAUCUUCGAUCGGCGAACAAAUCGCCACUCUACAGGCCCAGCUUGCCGCUCUGCAGGCCUCGCAACCCGCCGCCGCCGCAGCCGCCGCACCCCCGGCCGUCACCAUCGUGCCGGGGAACGCCGCCACCGCAUCCAAGGUCGUGUUUCCCAAGCACGCUCGUCUGGACGGCCCCAAGUCGUUCACCAACUGGUUGCGUCAACUCCGUCUUGCACUCCCGAACCAGGUUCGUGGUUACGUUCUCGACGGUGUCGUUCCCCCGACCUGGACCGCCGACCAGCUUGCCGCACGUGACGACGCCGCCCGGGAAAUCAUCGUUGGCUCUAUCGACUCCGCCGACGUAUCGGCCACCCUCUGGACCUCAUCGGCUCACAGACCCCGACUCGCCUUGGCCCACCGGACGUGCACCGCCCAGACUUCAGCACGUACCGUGAGCCCGCAUCGGCUGAGGAGUCGCCCGACGAACUCGACAUCAUUGGGCGUCACUCACGCGAUGAAUCGCCGGAUGAAAUCGAUUUCCUCACCCAACACCACCGCGCCUUCAUCGCCACAGACGACGACGACCCCACCCUCGACGCCAUCGAGCCCGUCAAAUCGAUCACUAGCGACCCCCAGACCUGGCGCGAAGCAAUGUCCAGCGACGAGCACAACAUCUGGGCUGAGGCCGCCGCCGCCGAGUUCACCGCCAUGCGCGACGACUUCAAGGUGUUCACCAUCGAGCCUCGCUCAUCUGUACCGCCGGGCGCCACCAUCGUCACCUCCAAAUUCGUCUGGAAGACCAAGCGCAACGCAAGCGGUGAAGUCACGGGGCGGAAGGCACGUCUUGUAGCGCAGGGUAACCGACAGCGCGACGGCAUCGACUUCUCAGAAACCUUCGCACCCGUCGCCCGUUUCUCCUCCAUUCGCUGCCUCCUGGCUCUUGCCGCUGCCAAUGGCUACCACGUUCAUCAGGCCGACAUCGACAAGGCUUACCUCCACGGCGAGCUCGAUCAUGAUAUCUGGAUGACGACACCACGCGGUUUCGACUUCCCGAGCGAUAAGGUUCUCCGGCUGCGACGCUCAAUCUACGGUCUCAAGCAGGCCGGUCGCAUCUGGAAUCGUCACAUUGACACAUCACUCAGGAAUCUGGGGUACAAGGCAACAGGCACUGAUCACUGCAUUUACUCUCGCAUUGACGAUCAGCAGCGGCCUCACUAUAUCGCCUUGUAUGUCGACGACCUCCUCAUUGUCAGUCCAGCCCUCGACGAGAUCGAACGUGUCAUCUCCGGCCUUGAACAGCGGUACGGCGUCAAACGACUCGGCCCCGCGGAGUACAUCCUCGGAAUCCAAAUACGCCGCCUGGACGACGGUUCCAUUGCUCUAUCCCAGGAGCGCUACAUCAUGGACGUGCUGGCCCGUUUCCACUUCGACACCACGACACGCGGCACUACGGUGCCGAUGACGCCCGGCCUCUCGCUCACGGCAAUUCCGGGUCAGGGAACGGAGCGCAUUCGUUCGUGGUACCUACAGGCCAUCGGCUCCCUCCUCUACAUCUCCCUUGGCACUCGACCCGACAUUGCCUUCGCCGUCUCGUACCUGUCCCGGUUCGCCAACAACCCCGGCCGCCGCCAUUGGAUUGCCGUCAAACACGUCCUUCGCUACCUUCGCGCCACGUACCGCGAUGAGCUUCUCUAUGCCCGCGGCCCAGCAAAAGUCACGGGUGUGGUUGGUUAUUCUGAUGCGAACUGGGGCGCCUGCGUCGACACAUCCAUUUCAACGAUGGGCUACGUAUUUUACUUGGCAGGCGCCGCUGUCUCUUGGUCGUCGAAGCGUCAGACUCGGGUAGCGGAUUCCACCACUGAUGCCGAGUACCUGGCCUUGUCGCACGCGGGUAAGGAAGCGAUCUACCUUAACCAACUCCUCUCCGAGCUCCACGUUUGCCCAAUCGCUGCAGCUCACAUCUUCACCGACAACGAGGCCGCGGCCGCCGUCGCUCACGACCCCGUUCGCACCUCCGGCACCCGGCACAUUCGCCUCCGCGAGCAUUUUGUCCGUGACAUGGUCAAUCGAGGUGAUAUCUCUCUCUCACACGUUGGCACAGCAGACAUGGUUGCGGACGUAUUCACCAAGGCGCUAGGCCCCAAGAUUUUUGGUACACAUUGCUAUGCUCUAGGCCUCCGGACGCGACAUCCACGGCUCAAGUCUACCUCGCGUUCGCGUGGGGGGGGGUGUGAGGAAUCCACUCUCCGCUCGGCUCAGGACUUAGGCGCGCGGAGCGAACCGGGCGCGGACUUAGGCGCGCGGAGUGAGCCGGGCGCCCCGGCCCAGGACUUAGGCGCGCGAAGCGAGCCUGGGACUUAG